GCUAGCUUGACACCAGGGUAGCUCCUUAAAAUUCAGUCGACCGAAGCACAUCUUUGGAAGUAAUCGCUUAAAACAAAGCGGACUAUUUCAGUUUUCAAACACCUGGACGUCGUGUCUGCUCGCUGCUCCGUGAUGAAGUCCGCUGUUUGCUCCGCGGGAUGCUUUAAUCGGUGAAAGAUUAACAAAAAGGUUGACUCGCCGUCUCCCCAGAUGUGGCCCCCGCCCCUGCUGAGACUCCUGUUCAUGAACGGCGAGGAUGCUUUGAUUGAGCGGCUGUGGCUCGGCCUGGAGGGAUGACAGGACUUCAACAGACAUGGAGACAGGGGAGACACACACAGACAGCUGGAGACGCCAUGUUUACUUAGUCUAGCUUCUCCUCGUUAGAUCCACUCAGGACACGAAGAAACCCUAUUUUUAUAUUUUUAUACCCAGAGCUGUUUUUGUUAAGAUAUUGUGAAGCCAUAUUCAGCCGCCAUGAUGAGCUCGGAGGGCUUUCAGUACCGAGCGAUGUACGACUACAAGAAGGAGCGGGAGGAGGACAUCGACCUGCACGUCGGAGACAUACUGCUGGUCACUAAAGGAGCGCUGCUGGCGCUCGGCUGCACUAACGGAGCCGAAGAACGGCCGUCGGAGAUCGGCUGGCUGCCGGGCUUCAACGAGACCACUCAGGAGAAAGGCGACUUCCCGGGGACGUACGUGGAGUUUGUCGGCAGAAAGAGGAUGUCCCCGCCCACACCGAAGCCCCGCCCACCGAGACCGCCAUCUGCGGCGUCAGUGAGGACUGACUCGGAGUCAGAGGGCUUCGUGUUGCCAGACCUCCCAGACCAGUUUGGACCCCCGGACACAGCCCCCCCCCUCCUCAGCAGACUGAUGGAGGCCAUAGAGACCAAAGGUCUGGACAGUCCAGGUGUGUAUCGCAGUCUCGGUGGAGGAGGUGUGGACACCCGGCAGCUGGCCGACACCGACCUGGAGCAGCUGGAGGUGUCGUCCCUGUGUGACGGGGUGGUCCGGUUCCUGCAGGAGCUCCCCGGCCCCGUCCUCCCCUCCACCCUGCAGGCCGACAUGAUUCACGCAGUGCAAGAGGUCCGGGACCUGGAGGACUGUGCCCAGGUGCUGCGUGGCGUGGCCAGCUCGCCAGCCUGCCCGGCCCAGUACGGCCUGACCCUGCUCAGCGUGGUCCGACACUUGGCCCGACUCUGUCUGAACGCCGUCAGGAACCAGCUGAGCCCCCGAAACCUGGCGGAGAGCUUCAGCCCACUGCUGUUCAGACAGACUGCAGGGUCUGAGUCCGGUCUGGAUCCUCUGGUUCAGGUUCUGGAGGUUCUGAUAACCAGCGAGCUCAACAUGAACCAGGCUGCACCAGCUUUGCCUCCUAAACCGGUGAAGUCUGCGGCUCCAGCAGCUGCCAGCACUUUCAACAACAGCAUCUCCCUGCAGGACGCCGAGUGGUACUGG